AAGUUCCCGGGGAGAGCUCGCCCCCGGAGGGCCGUCGUCGAGGCUGCUCGAGGGGAGGGUCGCAGCGACUGCAUCCAGGCGCUCCGGGAUGGCGCUCCGCGGCCCCCCGCGGCCGCGCAAAGUUCGCAGGAGACGAGAGAUGCUGUGGCAGCAAGUUGGCUUCGUGUGCGCGAUUUUGGCGCUGGUGUGCUGUGCGUCUGGCCUCUUUGGCAGCUGGGGGCACAAAACAGCUUCUGCCAGCAAACAUGUUUUACCAGACACAUGGAGGAGUAGAAGGCUGAUGGCACCAGUGAAUGGGACUCAGAUAGCUAAGAACUGCACAGAUCCGGCGAUUCAUGAGUUCCCCGCAGACCUGUUCUCCAAUAAUGAGCGACAGCAUGGAGCCGUCCUGCUGCAUAUCCUUGGUGCUCUGUACAUGUUCCACGCCUUGGCCAUAGUGUGCGAUGACUUCUUUGUUCCGUCUCUAGAGAAGAUCUGCGAGAAACUCCAUCUGAGCGAAGAUGUGGCCGGAGCCACCUUCAUGGCUGCAGGAAGCUCGACGCCAGAGCUGUUUGCCUCUGUAAUUGGUGUGUUCAUCACUCACGGAGAUGUCGGGGUUGGGACCAUCGUGGGCUCUGCUGUGUUCAACAUCCUGUGUAUAAUCGGAGUUUGUGGAUUAUCCGCAGGGCAGGUGAUCCGUCUGACGUGGUGGGCCGUGUGCCGAGACUCUGUGUACUACACCCUCUCUGUCGUCGUGCUCAUUGCUUUCAUAUAUGAUGAAGAAAUUGUGUGGUGGGAAGGCCUGGUGCUCAUCAUCUUGUACGUGUUUUACAUUCUGAUCAUGAAGUACAAUGUGAAGCUGCAGGCCUUUUUCACAGUCAAACAAAAGACCAUUGCAAAUGGCAACACGGUCAACAGUGAGCUGGAGGAUGUGAAGGAGGAGCCGCAGUACAGCAAAAACCCGGUGGUGAUGGUCGAUGAGGUCAUGAGCUCCAGCCCUCCCAAGUUCAGCUUCCCAGAAGCAGGCUUACGCAUAAUGAUCACCAAUAAGUUUGGGCCCAGGACUCGUCUGCGCAUGGCCAGCAGGAUCAUAAUUAAUGAGAGGCAGAGGCUGAUCAACUCGGCAAACGGUGUGAGCAGCAAGCCACUUCAGAGCGGGAGACACGAGAGCACUGAGAACGGGAACGUUCCUGUGGAAACCCCUGCAGAGCUGCAACAGGAGCGGGAGCAGCCGCCGCCACCCCAGGAGCCAGAGCUGGUCGAGGCCGCUUUCCUGUCCCCCUUCUCCAUGCCCGAAGCAAGAGGGGACAAAGCCAAGUGGGUGUUGACCUGGCCACUCAUCUUCCUCCUGUGCGUCACCAUCCCCAACUGCAGCAAGCCCCGCUGGGAGAAGUUCUUCAUGCUCACCUUCAUCCUUGCCACGCUGUGGAUCGCUGUCUUCUCCUACCUGAUGGUGUGGCUGGUGACUAUUAUUGGAUACACCCUUGGAAUCCCCGAUGUCAUCAUGGGCAUUACUUUCCUUGCAGCAGGCACAAGCGUUCCAGACUGCAUGGCCAGCUUAAUUGUGACGAGACAAGGCCUUGGUGACAUGGCGGUCUCUAACACCAUAGGAAGCAACGUGUUUGACAUCCUCGUGGGACUCGGCAUACCGUGGGGGCUGCAGACCAUGGUUAUUAAUUAUGGAUCCACGGUGAAGAUCAACAGCCGGGGUCUGGUCUACUCCGUGGUGUUGCUGCUGGGCUCCGUUGCUCUCACCGUCCUCGGCAUCCAUCUGAACAAAUGGAGGCUGGACCGGAAGCUGGGGAUCUACGUGCUGGUUCUCUACGCCAUCUUCUUGUGCUUCUCCAUAAUGAUAGAGUUUAACGUCUUUACCUUUGUCAACUUGCCGAUGUGCCGAGAAGACGAUUAAAACGGAGCCACUGCCCCCCGCCCGGGAGCUCUUCUGGACACUCCGGCGCUGGCGUCCUCCUCCUCCCCCCCUCCCCCACCACGAGUCUCUCCUGCAUCGGCAGCCACCGCCUGUUCUUUCAUGCACGGGAAGGAAGAGCCAUUGUGGUCUUUGUGUGGUCACGGGCCAGGCUGCUGGGCCUCCUCCGCCGGGGAGUUCUGCCCCCCAAAAGGCAAGAUUCAGGGGCCGCUGUUUGAGCAGCUUC